AUUUUCUUCAAUCCUUUCAGAUCCAGUCGGCAGGUUCCCCGACCUUCCCUAAUAAGCCGCUUGUACAUAAAUCAUGUUCCGGAUGGGAUCGGCGGCAGUGUGCUCACGGCCCUGCGUCUUUGCCAAGCCCUUCCUCGCUGACCGAACCAGGGCGCUGAUCGAACAAGGGACGGAUGGCGGUACAAUUCGGAGUUUAAACCCCACCAUUUUACUGCCCCGCCUUUUAAUAGGAAGCAGCUGCUCUUCUUUAACUCGCCGACAGAGCAGCAGCACAAACCUUUCGCACCGCAUACCACGUCCCCGCAACCGCCGGCUCAGCAAUAUGGCAUCCACGAAGGACUACAGACUGCUCUGCCUGGAGAAUCCCCUCCUUGACAUCCAGGCCUUCGGCAACGAGGCUCUGCUCCAGAAAUACGGCCUCAAGGCUAACGACGCCAUCCUUGCCGAGCCCAAGCACCUGGACAUCUACGAGGACCUCCUCAACAACUACGAUGCCAAGCUGAUCGCCGGCGGUGCCGCCCAGAACACGGCCCGCGGUGCCCAGUACAUCCUCCCUCCAAACAGCGUCGUCUAUCUGGGUGGCGCCGGCGAUGACAAGUACGCCGCCAUCCUCCGCGACGCCUGCAAGCAGGCCGGUCUGCGCGUCGAGUACCGCGUCGACCCCAAGAUUCCCACCGGCCGCUGCGGCGUCGUUAUCACCGGUCACAACCGCAGUAUGUGCACCGAUCUCGGUGCCGCCAACCACUACGACCUCGAGCACCUGAAGCGCCCGGAUAUCUGGGCCCUCGUGGAGAAUGCCGAGGUGUUCUACGUCGGCGGCUACCACUUCACUGUCUGCCCCCCUGCCAUCAUGGAGCUCGCCAACCAGGCGGCCACCAAGAACAAGCCCUUCAUCGUGUCCCUCUCCGCUCCCUUCAUCCCCCAGUUCUUCAAGGAGCCCCUCGACGCCUCUGCCCCCUACUGGGACUACGUGAUCGGUAACGAGACCGAGGCGGAGGCCUAUGCGGACUCCCACAACCUGGGCACCAAGGACGUCAAGGAGAUCGCAAAGGCGCUGGCGAAUCUGCCCAAGGUCAACACGCAGCGCAAGCGCGUGGCCGUCAUUACCCAGGGCACCGAGCCGACCAUCGUCGCCGUCCAGGGCGAGGACGAGGUCAAGGAGUACCCCGUGCACGCGAUCUCCAAGGAGGAGAUCUGCGACACCAACGGCGCCGGCGAUGCCUUCGCCGGCGGCUUCUGCGCGGGUAUUGUCGAGGGCCGCCCGCUGGACGUCUCCAUCGACAUGGGCCAGUGGCUGGCGUCGCUGAGCAUCAGGGAACUUGGUCCUUCUUAUCCCUUCCCCAAGAAGACUUAUCCUGGCAAGCAGUAAACAAGCGAACCAGGCAAGCUCGCAUGAAUUCAAACGCCCAAGGCGGUUCAAAAAAGCGGCGACAAUCUGAUUGCAUAUAUGAAUGCUUUCUGUAAACACAGCCAGGACAUUGAAGAGAACCAGAGCAAGACAGAAGGGGCCAUGAGGCAAAGCAGGGCCGGGACAAAGCAGGCAAAGAGGGUUGAACAGGAGCUUGUCCAUUUUUUUUUUCUUAUUUUUUCUUUUUCAUUGCAAACUGAACGCUGAAUUGAGUCAUGAACUUGUGCGGCAGCAAAGUUCACAGGAGCAGACCAGUCGAGAAAGAGUGUUAUUCACGCCGCAGCAACUCAUGAAAGCCAGAGCAGACGAACCGCCCUCUUCCGAGGACGAGAGCAAGAGCGAGCUGGCCGCCUGUUGCGGCUGGGCGUCACUCAAAGUGCCUGGCGUGGUUCGGCCACACCGACGACUGGUUGCCGCACUUGUCAGCCGCAGAAACCUGCUCUAGGAGAUCACAUAGCUGUCGGCGGGGGUCUCUUCU